AAACCCCGGGACAUUUUUGCUUUAAUGUAGUUACAGGAAGACAGACUCGAUCUUUAAUGUCGGACGGAAAGCUAUAUGCUGAGGUUGCCGUUUAAUGUUAACCUGAUGUGAUUCUCAUGGCUCCGGUGUAGCUAGCGUCGGUAGCUAGGCUGAGAGGAUCCUGCAUGGAACUGUUAUCCGGGUUUACCGCAACGCAAUUUCCGUUCUCAUACUUCCUAUGUGUUGUGUAAGCCCCUUUAAAAUGCCCCGGGUCAGAGGAAUAAGCACACAACAGAGAGAAUGAAUAUGGAGAUUUGGACGAAUUGGAAUUUGACUGAGCAAUAUCCCAAACAUGUAACGUAAACCAAGUCCUUCCAUCUCUCUUGCCGCUAAACCCAGUUACCUGAAGACCCGCCCUCCCUCAGAUAACGCUCAGUCGAAGCAUCCGGUUCCAGGUGUCCCGUCGUGAGACGAGAACGCCUGGGACGAGAGACGAGAAUGAUACGAACAUGAUUAGUGACGAUGGCUUCUCCAGAAGCGAGGUCACCCAGCGGGAACCCAGAGGCAGGAGACCAAUCUCAGAGAUGCUUCAUCUACUGUCGGCUGUCAUUGUCUGGCUCGUCACAGGAACCACCAUCUCCAGUCUCAACAAAUGGAUAUUCGCUGUGUACAACUUCAGGUACCCGCUGCUGCUAUCCGCCCUGCACAUGCUGACAGCCAUCGUGGUGGACUAUGGGCUGAUCAAGCUGCGGACGUUCCGACACAAAGGCUCCGGAGGAGAGCCGAACCUGUCGCACAGCGCCCGCUGCAAGGUGUUCCUGCUGAGCCUGACGUUCUGCGCUAGCAUCGCCUUCGGCAACAUGGGCCUGAACUACGUGCAGCUGUCCUUCGCCCAAAUGAUCUACACCACCACGCCGCUCUUCACCCUGGCCAUCUCCACGCUGAUCCUGGGCAAGCAGCACCACAUCCUCAAGUACACCGCAAUGAUGCCCAUCUGCCUCGGAGCCUCAUUCAGCAUCAUGGGCGAGGUGCAGUUCGACCAGACCGGCUGCUUCUUCGUGUUUGCCGCCACUAUGUUGAGGGGCGUCAAGUCUAUUCAGCAAAGCAUCCUGCUGCAGGAGGAGAAGAUCAACUCGGUGUUCCUGCUUUACCUGAUGGCCAUCCCCAGCUUCUGCAUCCUGACGGUGGCGGCGCUGGCGCUGGAGAACUGGUCGCUGCUGGAGUGGCCGCGGCACUACGACGGCCACCUGUGGCUCUUCAUCGUGCUCAGCUGCCUGGGCUCGGUGCUGUACAACCUGGCCAGCAGCAGCGUGAUCGCCCUCACCUCGGCCGUCACCCUGCACAUCCUGGGCAACCUCAGCGUGGUGGGCAACCUGCUGCUCUCCCAGCUGCUGUUCGGCAGCGAGCUCACGGCGCUGAGCUACGCCGGUGUGGCGCUCACGUUAAGCGGCAUGCUCAUCUACCAGAACUCGGAGUUCCUCGGCGACUACAUGGACGCACGUAGCGCCGCCAAGGCCACGGCGAGGGCGAGGGCGGGGGGUCGGUGUGAAGACACGGAUGGGGAUGGGGAGGAGGAGGAGGAGGAUGGAGCUUCUUCUGGAGCGUCUGGGCUGACUGCGGCGAACCACAACACGGAGAGGUUAUCUCUGAGGACAGAGCGGGACAAGAUGGACUGAAGGGGAGGGGGAGGGAGAUGACGGAUUGAAGCGGGCUAUUGGUGGCUACCUCAGUGGGUGGUCUGGAUCUAGAGGACAAGGAGAGGGAUCGGGUUCUCAGGAGGCCAUUCAUGCUGAUGACGACAAAACCAUGUUUGGUUUUUUUAUUUGGUUUUUAAUAUUUUAAGGAUCAGAUUUUUGUUUUGGUUUACUUUACACUGUGCCAAUGUAUUUAUUUUCUGCAAUGGUGGCAAAUCACGAGAAACCGCAAAGAAGGGGGUUGGUGUGGGUGGAGAUGGUUUGUCCGGGGUCCUUCAGAAUGCUCUGAUGCCCGCGUAGCACACUGAACUGUUUGGUACCUCAUGAUGAGAUCUGUUAUACUUACCGCACUGUGAACGUGGAUGAACGACUCUAUUCGUCCACUUCUAUGGGUCUACACCUGAGGGAUAGACACAUCUACACGUCAGGGAUGGACAGAGCUGCAUGUCAGGGACAGACGGAUCCUGAAGUGAGGGACAGUUAGAGCUUUGCCUGAACAACAAAAUGGGCCCCUCUAUUUUAAAGUACUGUAUUCAAGGUACUGUUCAUUUCAGACGUGUGUGUGUGUGUGUGUGUGUGUGUGUGUGUGUGUGUGUGUGUGUGUGUGUGUGUGUGUGUGUGUGUGUGUGUGUGUGUGUGUGUGUGUGUGUGUGUGUGUGUGUGUGUGUGUGUUAAGCUGGUUCAAAGGCCGGGCAGACUAGGUAACCAAUGUACUAUUGCAAUUGCAAUAGUACAUUGCAAUAGUGUGUGAGACUACACAAAUGCAUCAUUUGCGUAAUUUACAAGACGAGGUACAAGACAUUGUUGAUGUGUGGCCAGGGCGUCUCUUCUGGUGCCGGGAGUAACACGUGAUUUGCUCUGCUGCAGCUCAGAGGCCACAGAACAGCUCAGCACAGCUCCCCUCUUAAUGCAGACUAGUUAAGUUUCACGGCUUAAAAACCUUUUCAAAUAUGACUCCAAUUAGUGACCUUUUCCCACAGUGGCUUAUUAUCUUUUAUUAUUAGACCGUAACACUCUAAGGAGUCCCAACUCCAUUUCCCUGCUCUCCUCCCUGUGGAAAAGAAGACAAGGGAGGCGGAGCUUGCGAAUGCUUCUGAGGAUCUAACCAAUGAGAGCCCAGCUUGUUGGUUUUUCUUAACUGCAGGUGCCUCUUCUAGUAGUCUAUAGUCUAAAUGUUGUCCUUGGUCUGUGCUGUCGCUGAAGAUGAGACAUGAACGUGAGACUGUUUUUGUUCACGUUCUAAAUUUUGAUGCAUACAAUGCAUUUUUGUUUAUUUGAAGAAAAAUAAUGUUAUUUAUGAUGAUCUGGCCAUAAAAAUCACAGGAUAUAUAAGCUAAUCAAAUUGAACCUGCAACCUAUCUAAAACAUGCAGUAUAAUUAAAAGAAUAAUGUUUAAAGAUUAAGAUUAUUGAAGCUCAUGCUUUAACUUUUAUUACUGAAGAUCUGUCUAUUCUGCUUGAUUAAGGUUGGUCACAGGUCAAAUAGCACAUAUGUUUCACACAGGGCUAGUGUAAAGAUUAUACAACAGGAUCCAGGAUGCUAAGGCAUCUAUAAGGAGCUUAAAUAAUAUUGCCGAUGUUUUUGUCACUUUUCAGAUGAUAUUUCUGCCUUUUCUGGUAGGGGGUGCCGUAUAAAAGCUGAUGGUAUGAUCUUUUUUCAGCCACUAGAUGUCAAACCGAUGAGUGAGUUUUGACGUUUAAUAUCCACUGUAUUCAUUAUGACACAGAGGUCUAGUUCCCCACUGAACAGAGAGUCCUGGUUGUCUCAUUGGCCGAUGUGCCAGCUUCCUUCCUUCCAAUUGGUUUAGUAGUAGACACAGCGCUGGCAGGCUCCAUGUCAGGGAAGCUCUGAUGGCUUGUUGAAACAUGAUACCAGGAUGGUGACCUUCACAUUAUGUCCCAGCAUCCUAGCCACACUAGAUCACAUUAAGUACUGGCCACUCUCGUGACCCACUAGGUAUGGGGAAGAUGAGUCAUCACAAGCCAUUUAAAAGCCUAUCCACUUAUGACAUCACGAGUCGACUGAUGCAUGAUGGUUUGAUCUUCUCCAGCCUGACUGGUUGGUAGAGUCCGCCAAUGAGGGUGCAGUGUCUGUAACCCUGACCUUUGACCUGUCCAAUACACGUCUUGGUGCAUCCCACUAUGUGAUGUCACAAAUGGAUACUUUUAGCAACGGCUUGUGAGGUCACAGGAACCUCUCACCUGGUGGUAAAGUGGGGCCUUGUAGCAUAUUCUGGGAGCAAUGUUGCCAUUAAAAAAACAAAACAAUAAUAAGAGUAAACGGUUUUAAUACAAGAAAAUAACAUGUGAAAUAUACAAUGAAAACUAGAAUAAUGCCUCAGCUUUACAUGCUAUGGCCGAUGCAAUAAUACAUUAUUACUUAAUCAAGUGUCAACGAUUAGAGGUUGAAUGAUGUACAGAUUCUAAUGACUAAUGAUUUCCUCAAAUGUCAGGCUUGCCAAGCCUUGCCUUUUAGUUAAGUAAACACACUGCAAUGGGCAGCCACUCACACAAAGCUUAACCGAAUGUAUACACUGCUUCAAUACUUUGAAACAGUGUUUUGUCUCUCUCUUUAAGAAGGAAUACUCAUUUCAACUGACUGCAACUUUAUGGCCACAUAGAGUUAAGGAUAUGCUACCGUUAUGAUACUCUCAUUAACUUGUUUUGGAUUGUCCUGUCAUUUUUUUAAUUGGUUUCGCAACUUGUGUUUUGGUACAUGACGAUUGUGUUUGGCCAAGUCCUCCGUAGCAGCUAUGGAGAUCCAGCCUUCAACGCAUGUUCUGUGAUACGCAUUGUUUCAGUUUUCAACGUGGGUGUAUAUAGUUAUUUUAAUAUUUAUGUAUUUUACAAUAUGGCUGGCGCAAAUAUAAAAAAGUUAAACAAUG